AGAAUGAUUCCAUAAUUCGGUGAUUUCGCUCUCCUUUUCGAUUCUGGAUCCACAAAGGAGCCAAAACUACGAGUUAUGGAAUCAGACUACAUUGCUUGUUCUUUCGCACGACAGCAAUCAGAUGCUUUCUUUUUUACUUACCAAAAGCAUUAAUUUUGCAUAUAUUAUCCGAUCAAAAACCUUGUUAGACUUAGUCAAAAGGACAUGGUUCACAAGUUUUAAAUGAUCAUAGAAUUGGUAAUGCUUACUAUGAGGCCCUGUUGAGUUCAUGGCCGUGCCAAGACCAGGGAUCUCACUAGAACAAGCUAUUCCUCUUGCCUCUAAGCUGUUUUCAUUUCAAACUUUGAACACUUCGGUCGUGACGGAGCUAGAGAGCUACGAGGAUAGGAAUUUUCUGUUGAAAGGUCGAAUAACGUCUGACAAAGCUGACAAACAAACGAAUGAGACGGAAUACGUUCUGAAAAUUUUAAAUCCAGUGACGUCUCGUAGAAUAGGAAUCCUCAAUCUGACCUCAAAAGUUCUUUUAUACCUGAAUGAUAGAGGAAUUCAAUGCCCUAUUCCACAGCCAUCGAUUUCUGGUAAAUAUAUUAUUUGGUGUCGCUUCCCUAAGGUAGGACUUGAAAAAGCUGGCACAUGUACAUCGGAAAAAGGAGACAUUAUGGAUGGCACAGAGCUGGUAUCGUAUGAGUCUAAUGACAGCCCAGUUGUGAAUUGCUCCAAUGAUCAUUACUGUGACGAUAACACUGUCGUKUACGCGAUACAACUCUUGACUUUUAUACCCGGCAAGUUACUGUGUGACGUGAAGUUCAAUGCAGAUGUGAUGUACAAGUUUGGGGUCGCAAUUGGGAAUCUCCACAAGAUUUUGAAGGAAUUCAGCCAGACUAGCGACCUCCUUGAUACCCAUCUUGAGCCCUCAGAUAACCAAUGGCAUACGGAAAACUCGCCGGCUUCUAUCAUCCAACACUGUCACGCUAUAGAAGACGAUGCCCGACGAACCCUUGUUCAAGAAAUAGCCCAACGCUUUCAGAAUGAGUUUUUACCAAAGCUAAAGCAACUCGAUACUCAACUUAUUCAUGGUGACCUGAAUGAACACAACAUUAUCGUUGAUCAGAACACAGAUGAGCAGGUCAAAAUCGAAGGGUUUMUUGACUUUGGUCAUUCAUAUAUCUCGCACAGGGUGCUAGAUGUUGGGAUUGCAGUAGCAUACAUGAUGAUUGAAUCCAUCAACCAUGAUAUGAGUGUGUUUGACGCUUCCAACCAGGUGAUCAGAGGAUACCAAUCAGUAUUUCCMCUGUCAUCGUUAGAAAUGGACGUAAUGCUUGAGGCUGUCAAGUUACGCAUCAGUCAAUCUUUGGUUAUAGGAGCUUAUAGUUACAAAUACGUUUCCCCAGGAAACGAGUACCUACUCUAYACGGCUAAAACUGGGUGGAAGGCAUUGGACGAAAUAUUUCAAAAACCUGGACAAGAUAUUGUUUAUACUUGGUUAUCUUGUUAGGUUUCACAGAAUAAACCUCUUUAGCUUGGGUGUAACGUUUUUCCAUUUCAGACCACGAGUCAUUCCCAACAAUGCAGAACAGAAAAAGUCCCAACAAGCUAUAUGGGCCAAAAUCCCAUCAAUCCCUACAAUAUAACUUAGGACCAAGUCCCCACAACGUAAGGGCGAAGUCCCCACAAUGUAAAGACCAAGCAUAGACUUACCAGACUUGGUAUCUGUGGGUUCGGAUGGGAUUUUUGUGGUUAGUGAUCCUUAAACUUUGAGAAUUUACCUUGAUUUCGUGGCGAAUAUUAGCUCUCAAAAAUGUAAGUUUUGAAUGUUGAAAAAUAAACUUUAUUCUUUACA